AUGGCAUGCUCGUUGCGUGCCCUGCUUAGCUUACCAACACCGUUGCGGCAUGUGCUAUCGUCUUUCAUUGCGCAAAAGCGCGCAUUCUCAAUAACGGGACUUGCGCAAGCCGGCCAUGAGAACCCACUGGGUCUUCCGCGGUCAGGAACGCCACCUAACCUAGCAGCGCGUAUGAGGAGAGGCCUUCCAGAAAAGCGUGCCAUCCCCAGUGUCGGCAAAGUAAUCGCCGUCAGCAGUGCCAAAGGUGGCGUCGGUAAGAGUACCAUUGCUGUAAACCUCGCACUGGCCGCCGCACGGCAAGGCAUCGCAACCGGCAUUCUCGAUGCGGAUAUAUAUGGGCCCAGUAUACCGACCCUACUCAAUUUAGAAGGCCUUGAACCCGACCUUGACCCAAACAACCGCUUGCUCCCACUAACAGCGUACGGCAUCAAAGCAAUGUCAAUGGGUUUUCUAGUGCCCCAGGACAGCCCAAUAGCCUGGCGCGGGCUCAUGGUGCAGAAAGCAGUGAACCAGCUUCUGUUCGAGGUUGCGUGGCCGAAACUGGAUUUGCUGGUGUUGGAUCUCCCACCAGGUACUGGUGACGUGCAGCUUACGAUCACACAAAGUAUUGAACUCACCGGUGCCAUCAUCGUCUCGACGCCGCAGGAUCUAGCACUCCGCGAUGCGGUAAGAGGCAUCGACCUCUUCCGGAAGGUCAAAGUACCCAUCUUAGGUAUGGUGCAGAAUAUGAGUACGUUCAGGUGCACGAAUUGCGGGCAUGACCAUGAUAUCUUCGGGCUAGACGGAGCACGCAGGAAGUGCGAACAGCUAGGCGUGAAGCUGCUUGGAGACAUUCCGCUACAUGCACAGAUCUGCCACGAUGCAGACACUGGCAAGCCGACCGUUGUUGCCAACCCGGAAAGCCCUCAAGCACAGGCUUUCAAUUCUAUUGUCAGCGAGCUGGCUGCAACACUACCCUUGUAG